AUCUCGUCUGUGGUGACACAUUGAUAUCGCAAGCCGAUGAUGAUCUCGUAGGGGUCCCUGAGGAAUGUCAACGUCGUUCCUCUUGACGUGGAGUUUGAAGUGACCACAAAUACAUGUAUUUAAAUAUUUAUAUGAUAGCUAAUUACCUAAAGGAUAUUUAUGAAGUAUUUGAAAAAAAUGAAACGAAAUUGAACGUGACAUACAACUGAUACAUAACUCUGCUAGUUUAAGUAACAAAUACAGAAUACUUGUUUAGGAAGUAAUAAAUACUUUCCUACGAUGGCUGAUAGUUUAGCAAAAGUCUUCACAGGGGAAGAUUUCAAUCCUGAGAAGUUUGUGAAAGAACUUAGCGCGCAAUGCGUUGGAGCGGAUGAAUUAAGGCAGCAAAGAUCCAAGAUACAGGAGCUUGCUAAUAAUACAUCCGCUCAAUUAAAGCGGAAUGUUUAUCAGAAUUAUAUGCAAUUUAUAGAAACUGCCAAAGAAAUCUCGCAUUUAGAAAGCGAGAUGUACCAGUUAUCUCAGUUAUUAAGCGAGCAACGUUCUUUAUUAAGUACAUUAGGAUCUGCCAGAACAACUGGCGUCAUUUUUGAAGAAUCCUCUGAAUCUCAAUUGGAGAAUCUAAAUGAUUCCACCAGCAAAGAAGAAGAACAGAGACAAAAAUUAACACAGUUGCUUGAAAAUGUAGAAGGAGCAAUGAGUUUAGCGGAAACGCCAGGUCGUGUAUGCUUACACGAAGGUUCGUUACUAGAAUUAGAUCCAUUUGAAGGGACACCGUUGAAGAGAGUCCAUGCCUACUUAUUCAACGACAUUCUAAUGAUUGCCUCCUGGUUAGCCAACGGUAACAGAAGGGGACCGCCAAAGUAUAAAAUGCAAGCUGUAUACAAUCUCGAAAGUUUAGCCAUCGUUAACAUCAGAGAUCUCGGCACGGUCAAAUUGGCUUUUAAACUUUUAGCGUUCUCUGACACCAGAGUGUUCCAGUGUGCAACCGCGACAAGCAAAAAAGACUGGUUGGACAAAUGCGAGCAAGCGAAGAAAAUGAAAUUAGCCGAGGAUAAUUCAUCUGGCGCUGCAGAUAAUGAUAAACGUUCGAAGGAGGAGAAAACUGUACCCUCUAGAUCAAUGUCCCUUGACUCCAACACCCUGGGUAUAGACGAGGAGGACGCGGAGUACCACGAGCCUCCGCCUGAGUGGAUGCUGGAAGUCGCGGAGGACUUGGACUCCUGCAUAGCGCAACGACACUUCGAGGAGGCUUACAGCCUCUUGGAAAGGGCGAAAGCUUAUUUAAAAGACUCGCAAGUAACUCCGCUCUUGCUCGAGAUUCAGUCGAAGGUGAACGAUCGGGGGAAAUCGUUGGUGGAUGUUUUAACGAAGGAACUCGAGUCGAGCGUGGAAGCGAAGUCGCUUCAAGGCGGAGGUUUAAGAAGCGCGCGUCGCGUGGUCAAACUUCUGAUACAAUUGAACAGAAGCGCACAAGCGUGUCACCUGUAUUUACGGCUGUGCAGUGCUGUAUUAAAAGCUCGUUUAAAACGGGUGAAAAAAGAAGGGACCAUCUCGCCUUACGUGAAGCAGCUUAGCGCGAUUGCCUUUAGCAAUAUCGUGGAAAUCGCGAAGGAAUUCCUGAAAAUUUUCCCUCAAUCUACAAAUUGUACAUCUGGUCUGGUCGUCUGGUGCAGUCAAGAAGUGAAACACUUGACAACACAUUUAGCUAAACAAAUUUUUACCCCACAAGUGUCCUUAAGUACACUGGUAGAAUGUAUAGCUGCUGUUCGAAGCCACUGCGAUCAGUUAACGCAACUUGGAAUGGAUUUUCGUUAUCAAUUAGACGGCCAACUCAGAUCACCGUUAGCUAAAGCUAUACAUGAUGCAGGAGAAAAAUAUGUCGAUAUUGUAAAGGUACACGUAGCUGAAGAUACUUGGCGACCUACAAAUUUGGAAACGAACAAAAAUCUUCAAAAAUUAUUAUCAGAAUUAGAUGAUCUUGGAGUAACCGUUCCAUCGUCUUAUCUGACCAACAACUGUUGGAUACGGUUGACCAAUAACACUUUAACUUUCUCAAAACUCUACGUGAGUCUAUUGGAAGAUUGUCUUAGUGUGGCUACACCAGAAUUGAUGGCCAUGAUAGACGGAGUUUUAGUAUCGGUAAUGCGGGCUCAAGUACAACAUGUAUGUGGCUCGCUCACCAAUCCGAAAUUAAAACAAGAGAGGCAACUAGUACACGAUAACGCAUCAUAUAUUCGAGAUGUGGUGAUCAUGCGAGGACUCGAGCUGUAUAAAUCAGCAACGAAUCAAACUUUCAAAAAAUUACUGGCUCUGAAGGAACAGAUCGUGUUUGAUUCCUUGUCUCCGACGAAACCAAAAUCUGCCCCCAGAACAUCGAUACCUAAGUAUUCCACCACAGAAUAUAUUUAA